AUGGCGCCGCCUAACGAGUCGAAGCCGACACCCAAGGUCGCCGCCGCGGCGCCCAAGCUCACCACCACCGGCAGCACCGCGGUGGCAUCCAAGGCGGCCACCCCUUUGUCGUCCGCGCCGCCGUGCCUCUUCUCGCUGCGGGACGGCGCGCUCACCGUAGGCGGCGGGACCGGCGAGGCCGCGGCCGUCGCGCUUCUCACGGUCGUGCCAGGGAACGUCACGCUGAUCCCGUUCGCCGAGGCCUUCGACUCUACCACCAAGGCGUCGUCGGACGCGCCGGAGGAGCUGGCCAGUCAAGCCGCCGCGAACGCGAGCCGGGGCGCGUUCCUGGGCUUCACGUUGCCGUCGCCAGCGAGCCGCGCGCCGUGCCGCGUGGGGCGCCUGCCCGGCCCGCGGCGGUUCCUGAGCGUGUUCCGGUUCAAGACGUGGUGGAGCACGGCGUGGGCCGGGCGGCGCGGGCGGGACCUGCAGAUGGAGACGCAGUGGGUGCUCCUCGAGGUGCCCGAGCUCGCCGGCGCCGGCGCGGGGUACGUGUUCGUCCUCCCGCUCGUGCAGGGGAGCUUUCGGUCCGCCGUCUUCCCUGGAGAGGACGACGGCGUCGUCGUCUGCGCCGAGAGCGGGUCUGCCGCCGUCACGGGCACCGAUUUCCGACGCAUCGCUUACGUGCACGCCGGCGAUGACCCAUACAGGGUCAUGCAGGAGGCUUACCUCGCCGCCAGGGUGCACCUCGGCACGUUCAGGUUGAUCCAGGAGAAGGCGUUGCCGCCGAUGGCGGACCGGUUCGGGUGGUGCAUGUGGGACGCCUUCUACCUCACCGUCGAUCCGGCAGGGGUCUGGCAGGGCGUGUCGGAGUUCGCCGACGCCGGCGUGCCCCCGCGGUUCCUCAUCAUCGACGACGGCUGGCAGAGCGUGAACCGCGACGACGACCCGCCGCAAGAGGACGCGCGGGGCCUCGUGCUCGGCGGCGACCAGAUGACCGCGCGCCUCUACCGCUUCGACGAGUUCGCGCGCUUCCGCGGGUACAGGGAGGGCGCCCUGAUCCGCCGUCCGCCGCCCGGUGUUCUACGAUAA